AUGAGCGUUCCUCCGGUGAUCCGCGCUCCGAGCCCCGUGCCCGGCUCGCGCGGAGUCUCCUUCCACAUGCAGAUCGGUCUGAGCCGCGAGCCCGUGCUGCUCGACUCCGCAGACUUCAGCCUCGCGCAGGUCCGGGAAAUGGCGUGUUCCAUCGUCGACCAGAAGUUCCCAGAGUGUGGCUUCUACGGGUUAUAUGACAAGAUCCUGCUCUUCCGUCAUGACCCAACCUCUGAGAAUAUCUUGCAGCUGGUCAAGUGUGCAGCUGACAUCAUGGAGGGAGACCUGGUGGAGGUCGUGCUCUCAGCUUCAGCUACAGUCGAGGACUUCCAGAUCAGACCUCACACUCUGUUUGUCCACUCGUACCGAGCUCCAGCCUUUUGUGACCACUGUGGAGAGAUGUUAUGGGGUCUGGUCAGGCAGGGACUCAAGUGUGAAGGUUGCGGACUGAAUUACCACAAGCGGUGUGCUUUCAAGAUUCCAAACAAUUGCAGUGGUAUUCGGAAACGGCGUCUGUCAAACGUGUCCCUCACCGGCCUGACCAACACUCGUUCUGUUUCUGCUGAAGCUUCCCCCAGCCCCUCUGAUGAAGCUUUACUAUCUCCUGUCAGUCCCAGCAUUGAGGUAAAGAGGCCUUCAGACAUGUUCCCUGGAAGAGGGCGCUCCAACUCGCAGUCGUACAUUGGGCGCCCGAUCGAACUCGACAAGAUCCUGCUGUCCAAAGUCAAGGUGCCUCACACGUUUGUUAUCCACUCCUACACGCGCCCCACCGUCUGCCAGCACUGCAAGAAGCUGCUUAAGGGCCUGUUCCGCCAGGGCCUGCAGUGCAAAGAUUGCAAAUUCAACUGCCACAAACGAUGUGCACCUAAAGUGCCAAACAACUGCCUUGGAGAGGUGUCAAGAAAUGGAGACCUGUUGAGUCCUGGAGCUGAGUCGGAUGUGUUGUUGGCAGAAGGCUGCGAUGACCAUGAUAGCGAGAGAAACAGUCCCAUCAUAGAUGACAUGGAGGAAUCCCUGGUUACAGACUCUUCAGCCCUGCUGGAUGUGGGCCAUUGUGAACUUGGAGAUUUCCACGAUCCAGACCCUGAAGAGUCCAACAGAAUCAUCAGUCCAUGCACCAGCAACAACAUCCCUCUCAUGCGAGUGGUCCAGUCAGUGAAGCACAUCAAGAGGAAAAACAGCAAUGUCAUGAAGGAGGGAUGGCUUGUGCACUUCACCAGCAAGGACACACUGCGUAAGAGGCAUUACUGGAGACUGGACAGCAAGUGCAUUACUCUGUUCCAGAAUGAUACUGGGAGCAAAUACUAUAAGGAAAUCCCCUUAUCUGAGGUUCUGUCUCUGGAGCCUGCUCAGAACUUCAGCUUGCUUCCUGAAGGUGCCAACCCUCACUGCUUUGAGAUUGCCACCGCCACUCUAGUGUAUUAUGUAGGAGAGAACCUGUCUCAGGAAGACUACUCUUUGUUCCACGGCAGCGUGCUGAUCAGCGGAACCGGCCAGGAUGUGGCUCACAUGUGGCAAACGGCCAUCCAGCAUGCCCUCAUGCCUGUUAUUUCCAAGGGCACAGCUCACAGCAGCCGACACAGCUACCACAAAGACAUCUCCAUCAGCAUCUCUGUGUCUAACUGUCAGAUUCAGGAGAAUGUGGACAUCAGCACAGUUUAUCAGAUAUUCCCUGAUGAAGUUCUUGGAUCUGGGCAAUUUGGCAUUGUCUAUGGCGGAAAGCACAGAAAAACAGGGAGAGACGUGGCAAUCAAGAUUAUAGACAAACUGCGCUUCCCCACUAAACAAGAAAGUCAGCUGCGCAAUGAGGUUGCCAUCCUGCAGAACCUUCACCACCCUGGGGUGGUGAACCUAGAGUGCAUGUUUGAGACUCCUGAGCGUGUGUUUGUCGUCAUGGAGAAGCUCCAUGGUGACAUGCUUGAGAUGAUACUGUCUAGUGAGAAAGGGAGGCUUCCAGAACGCAUCACUAAGUUCCUUGUUUCACAGAUCCUUGUAGCACUACGCCAUCUUCACUUCAAGAACAUCGUACACUGUGACCUUAAACCUGAGAACGUCUUGCUAGCAUCUGCUGAGUCCUUUCCACAAGUAAAACUCUGUGAUUUCGGGUUCGCUCGGAUCAUUGGUGAGAAGUCUUUCAGGCGCUCAGUUGUGGGCACGCCGGCCUACCUGGCGCCCGAGGUGCUGAGGAACAAGGGCUACAACCGUUCACUAGACAUGUGGAGUGUUGGUGUCAUCAUCUAUGUCAGCCUCAGUGGAACAUUCCCGUUCAACGAGGAUGAGGAUAUCCAUGACCAGAUCCAAAAUGCUGCCUUCAUGUACCCACCCAACCCAUGGAAGAAAGUGACUUCAGAAGCAAUUGACCUCAUUAAUAACCUGCUGCAAGUCAAAAUGAGGAAGCGCUACAGUGUGGACAAGUCCCUCAGUCAUCCCUGGCUACAGGACUACCAAAUGUGGCUGGAUCUGCGUAAUCUAGAGUGUAAGAUGCAGGAGCGAUACAUCACACACGAGAGCGAUGAUAUGCGCUGGGAACAUUUCGCUGAGCAAAAUGGCCUGCAGUAUCCUGCCCACCUCAUUAACCCUCAUGCUGAUGUCACUGAGGAGGUGGAGUCUGAAGAGGCGAUAAUGAGCAUGCUCAGUGAUCGAGUCAGUGCACUGUAG